GUGGCCUCCCGCCCGGUCACCCUGUGCCGUACGUGCCCCCAGCGCCGCCCGCUGCCUGCCCCCUUCCCCGGGCUCCUCCGGUGACUGUAGCCGGGCUCCUACCCCCCUCUCCCCGCCCCCGAGCCCGCCGUGAGCCCGAACGGGCGCCUCCUUGCCCAGAGCCCAAGCUGUGGCCCGGGACUGCUGCGCGAACCUGAGCGCUGAGGGCGCGCAGGGGCCGGCCCUGACCUUGCGGGCUGCGAGUUCGGUGGCCGGCAGUCACCUAAGGGCUUCGGAGGGAAGCAGCAGCGGCUGCGACCGCUGGGUGGGCGCGAGGGAGGCCGGCCGCUAUCUCCUCGCGGCGCCUCCCUCCGCGGCCUUCCUCCGAGCCCUGCCCAGUCCGGGGCUCCUCUUUAACCGCUGCCUUCAUUCAGGGCGACACGGGGUCCGUGGCCAUCCUACUCCGAGAAAGAGAUGCCGAGGCCAGACCUCGAAGCCCGGGGCCGGCCCCGAUCCUAGAGCCAUUGAGAGACUUGCUGUUCCCAGAAAUGGCCUAACAUGAGGAAGCCGUGCCAGGUGGGAGCCAGCUGUGAUACCGGAGAUGGAAACAGAUUCUACUAUCCCACUCUGGCAGAACAAACCACAUGGAGCUGCUCGAAGUGUGGUGAGGAGGAUUGGGACUAACCUGCCUUUGAAGCCAUGUCCUCGGGCAUCUUUUCAGACACUGCCCAACAUCUCUGACCUGUAUUUGAGCGAUGUGCCCCCUGUCCCUACUUUGGCUGAUAUUGCCUGGAUAGCAGCAGAUGAAGAGGAAACGUAUGCUCGAGUCAGGAGUGACACUCGGCCCUUGCGGCAUAAGUGGAAGCCCAGCCCACUGUUCGUCAUGCAGCGCAACGCCUCAGUGCCCAACCUUCGAGGGCCAGAGGAGAAGCUCCUGGCCUUGAAGAAGCCUGUCCUACCAGCCCUGAGCCGAACUACUGAGCUACAAGAUGAGCUAAGUCACCUACGCAGCCAGAUUGCCAAGAUUGUGGCAGCAGAUGCAGCUUCGUCUUCAUUAACGCCAGAUUUCUUAUCUUCAGGAAGUUCAAAUGUCUCUUCUCCCUUACCUUGUUUUGGAUCCUCAUUGCACUCUACAACUUCCUUUGUCAUUAGUGACAUCACAGAGGAGGCUGAGUUAGAAGGCCCUGAGCUUCCAUCGGUUCCCAUGCUUUGUUCUGCCAGCUCUGAAUGUUGUAAAACUGAUUCCAAAGCUGCCUGCAGCUUGGCUGAAGAGGAGGACUGUGUGUCUCUCUCAAAGGCUAGCAGCUUUGCAGACAUGAUGGGCAUCCUGAAGGAUAUUCACCGGAUGAAGCAGAGCCAAGAUCUAAAUCGGAGCUUGAUGAAGGAAGAAGACCCUGCUGUCCUCAUUUCAGAGGUGUUGAGGAGAAAGUUUGCUCUGAAAGAAGAGGAUAUCAGCAUGAAAGGAAAUUGAUGGCCCUAUCUAUGGCUCCCUAUAUAUGGUCCUUUUCUCUAUAAGCUAUUUCACAACAGACACUUUCUGCCUUGCAAUUAGCAAUGUCCUUCCACAAUGGAAAAAACACUUGACAGUCUAGAAAUGGGAAGAAGAAAGAAAAACUGAACUGCUUCCCUACACUUCAAAUCUUAGCAAAACUUUUAAGGACAAUGUUCUAAAAAAUAGUUUUGAUUUGAGGGUUUGCAGAUAAUCAGUCGUGUUGCUUUGGUUGUUUUACAUGGAAGAACAUGGGAGUUUUUGUUUAUCUUCUGGCCCCAGACUGAUGACUAGCUUCACUGCACUAUCUAUCCAGUUCCUGGUCUCACUGGGCACAUGCAAUAUGCCCCUCAGACUCAACUGCUUCUUGCAGGGUGUCAGGGUUUUGGGAGCCUUGAAGUCUUCUCAACACCAGUUAUAAACCAAGAUUCUUGACCCCUGCCCUCAUGUACCAACACCCAGCUGUACUCAGGCCUCCUAUGGAUCCUGUAGCUCUUAACUCAAGAGCAGGCUGCUGCUGGCAGGCCCCGGGGCCAGGGCUGUUUUUUUUUUUUUUUUUUCCCUUCUUAAACACAUUUUGUAAUACUGUAAAGAAACCAAAUCUUCCUAUUACCCCACCAGGAUCCUUUUGGCCUCCUCAUUGCCAUGGCAUUGAUAUCUUGUUCCACUGCCAUUGAAGGAUCUCAGCAAGGAAGAAGGGGGAGCGGGGGCUGUGCUUCAUCUGGGGCCACUUUUCCUCAUACUCGAACCCAUUAGGUCAUGCCAAAGUCCUCACCCAGCACACUUAAUGCAUGACUCGGCCUUCCUUGGGACCUCUUCAGUAAAGGUGUGCACGUGUGUGUGGUGUGUUUGGGUUGAAGCACUACCUGGUAUUAAAAGAAAGUUUCUGAGUGGUUA